CCUGGGAACGAAGGCAGUCUGGUUUCGUAGACAGGCCCUUAAACACAUUCUCGUGUUGUGUCUAUGUGUGAAAGCCGUUUUCCAAGUGCCCUGAAAUUUCAAUAGCGUCCAGUGGCUACCAGACGUGUUAUAAAUUUGUUUCAGUAAGCUAGACAAUUUGCCGACAUCCUCGACAAUGCUCACUACCAAGCAGACCGACUUAGUGAUGGACUGCGUCACGGAGAUGCUGCCCGAGUCCCGUUCGAGCUCCUCUACGGAUCUGAAGACUCUGGUGGAGAAGGAUCUGCGUAAGCCGCUCAAGGAGAUCGUCGAUCUACGCCUGAAGCAUCCUCUGGAGCACACGUGGACGCUCUGGUACCUGGAGAACGAUCGCAGCAAGUCCUGGGAGGACAUGCAGAAUGAGAUCACUAGCUUCGACAUGGUCGAGGACUUUUGGAGCCUGUACAGUCACAUAAAACCACCAUCCGAGAUCAAAGUCGGUAGCGAUUAUUCGUUGUUCAAGAAGGGCAUACAGCCCAUGUGGGAGGAUGAUGCCAACAAGUUCGGUGGCCGCUGGGUCAUCAAUAUGGGGCGUGGCUCCAAACUGGAGCUCGACAAACUCUGGCUGGAUGUGCUACUCAUACUGAUUGGCGAGGCCUUUGAUCACACUGAAGAGGUCUGCGGCGCUGUUAUCAACUUACGCGGCAAGAGCAACAAAAUUUCAAUUUGGACCGCCAACGGGCACAACGAGAUGGCCGUCAUAGAGAUUGGACUCAAGCUUCGCGACCUGCUCGUCCUGCCGCCCCACCAGCUGCAGUACCAGUUGCACAAGGACUCGAUGUGCAAGCAGGGAUCGGUGGUCAAAGCGGUUUAUUGCGUGUAAGCCGGCCCGGUCGUUGAUGCCAAUACCACCACCAACCAAAGCAAAACCAACCCAACCACCCAUAUACCCUCCUUCAUUGACCUCCGCCGUCGGUUGCUGUUUUCAGCGCGUGCAUUCCAAAAACGUAAAAAAAAAAUUGUAUCUUGACACACAGAACGGGUUUUAUGAAUUUGACCAUGUUAAAAAUUACAAAGAAAACUGAAAAUAUAUAGGAUUCUGUAUGUGA